GUGUAGAAUUUGAACUCUCAGUCGAUCUCGAUAAAUUUCGUUUCUUUCUCAAUGGGAACUGAAGAAGAGCGUAGCUCCCCUUCUAAGGAAAUAGACCAAGACAGGUCGAAGCACAGAGAAAGGGAUAAGGACAGAGACAGACGUGAUAGACAUAAAAGAGAGAGAGACCGCUCAAGAGAGCGAAGGAGAGACCGAGAAAGACAUAGAGAUGACAAACGAAGAGACAGAAAGAGAGAUAGGUCUAAAGACCGCAAACAUCGCUCACGAAGAUCAAGAUCAAGAUCACCUCAUAAAUCAAGGGAUGGUAGAAAAAGUGAAGAAGAAGAGGAAGAACAGAAGAAGCCCAAAGUUGAACCUUUGUCAUUAGAGGAAAUGAUAGCAAAGCGUGAAGCAGAGAAGAAGGCCCAAGAGAAGCCAACAUUUUUAACAAAAGAGCAGAGAGCCCAGGAAGCACUGAAGAGACGACAAGCUCAGGUUGAAGAGCAAAAGAAGAAAAUGGAGGAGGAAAGGCAAAAAAGAGAAUUCUUUCUCAGAGAAGCUCAACAUUCAAAAGAGGAUGACAAGGAAAGAGAAAGAAGGGAAAGGAGAGAACGAAGGGAAAAAGCAGAACAAGAAGGGGAAGAGGAAAUGAGAGACAAAGCAAGGAAAGAAAAGUUUUUGGAAAAAGAGCUUGAAGCAAUCAAGGAAAGGUAUCUUGGAUUAAACAAAAAGAGGAGAAAAGUCCGUAAAUUGAGUGACAGGAAAUUYGUUUUUGACUGGGAUGCUUUAGAAGACACAUCAGUUGACUAUAACCCAAUUUACAAGGACAGACAUGGCAUUCAAAUGUUUGGCAGAGGACAUAUUGGUGGAAUUGAUAUUAAAAGUCAAAAGAAAGAUGCUGGUAAGUUUUACCAGGAAAUGAUGGAAAAAAGACGAACAAUUGAAGAAAAAGAACAAGAAAGUUCUCGUAUUCUCAAAGUCAAAGCAAAGGAGAAGAAAGCUGCWCAUGAUGAUAGACAUUGGUCCAAGAAAAAGCUUGAUGAAAUGACAGAAAGAGAUUGGAGAAUCUUCAGAGAGGACUUUAAUAUCAGCACAAAAGGGGGACGGAUACCAAAUCCCAUACGRAAUUGGAGAGAAUCUGCUGUUCCUACGGAGAUUUUAGAUAUUGUUGAUAAACUUAACUAUGUCGACCCAACACCUAUCCAAAGGCAAGCAAUACCAAUAGGGAUGCAAAACAGAGAUAUCAUAGGAGUUGCAGAGACAGGUAGYGGUAAAACUGCUGCAUUUACUAUUCCAUUGCUAUGCUGGAUUAUGGGUUUACCAAAAAUAGAAAGACAAGAAGAUGCCGACCAAGGUCCUUAUGCUUUGAUAUUGGCACCUACUCGAGAAUUGGCACAACAGAUUGAAGAGGAACUUCUUAAAUUUGGUCGUCCUUUAGGAAUACGAUCUGUAUCUGUUGUUGGUGGGUUAUCUCGUGAAGAGCAAGGGUUUCAUCUAAGACUUGGCUGUGAGAUUGUCAUAGCAACACCAGGUCGUCUUAUUGAUGUACUGGAAAACCGUUACUUGGUCCUUAGUAGGUGUUCCUACUUAAUCCUUGAUGAGGCUGAUCGUAUGAUUGAUAUGGGAUUUGAGCCUGAUGUACAAAAGAUUCUUGACCAUCUACCUGUGACCAACCUUAAACCAGACACAGAGGUUGCUGAGGAUCCUGAACACUUGCUGGCACACAUGGGAAAAGAUAAAUACAGACAGACUGUCAUGUUUACUGCUACCAUGCCUCCACAAGUAGAGAGACUUGCCAAGACAUAUCUAAGGAGACCUGCUGUUGUCUACAUUGGCUCUGUUGGUAAACCAGUSGAGCGGACAGAACAAAAAGUGUACUUGCUUAAUGAACAUGGGAAAAGAAAGAAGUUGUUGGAAAUCCUCAACAGCAACAUUGAUCCACCAAUCAUGGUGUUUGUCAACCAGAAGAAGGGUGCUGAUGUACUUGCUAAAUCAUUGGAAAAAAUGGGUUUCCGUGCUACAGUACUUCAUGGUGGUCGUAACCAAGAACAAAGAGAGUUAGCUUUGUCAAGUUUAAAGAAUGGUGCAAAGGACAUAUUGGUUUGUACUGAUGUUGCUGGRCGUGGAAUCGAUAUCAAGGAUGUUUCUCACGUCAUYAAUUACGACAUGGCCAAGUCUAUUGAAGACUACACUCAUCGUAUUGGUCGUACUGGCAGAGCUGGCAAGACUGGUGUAGCGAUAACAUUCCUAACAAACUCAGAUUCAGCAGUGUUUUAUGACCUMAAACAAGUUCUUCUCUCAAGUCCGGUGAGUUCGUGUCCUACGGAGUUGUCGAAUCAUCCUGACGCUCAACACAAACCAGGAACCGUUCUUACCAAGAAACGCAAGGAAGAAACUAUCUUCGUGUAGUUUCAUAUAAAAAACAUUGAAAUUUUUUGUAACAUAUAUAAGCACUAGGCAAAAGAAUCUUUCAAAAAUAGCAUUGAAAAUGUAGUGACAAGGAAAAAGAGGAUUGCAUGGAGAGCCAUCUCUGUAUGUGCAUGAGCAAGGCGGAGAAUCGUAGGAGUAUGUAUCCAAUUUAUGUCCUAUUUCAAGCAAUGAGCUACAAUACCAUUUUCUGGAACAAAAUGCAAAAAAUGGUAGAUGUAGACCUAGCAACUGUUUUUGUCUUUUCAUCCCAUCUUUUUCAUCCCUUUUCAUCCAUCUUUUUCCCACAAAAGAUUGGCGUCGAUUCGUAUUCGAUUAGUCUAUCUCUCUACAUGCGCGCAAUAAGAAAAUUCAAGAAAAUUCUCUUAGUUUCAUUUUGACGCGAAACCGUGCUCGCUACACAAAAUGGCGCGCCUUGCAACAGUUGGGAUUACACUCCACUAUCUUUUUCACCAAAAAAUAAAAAAUAAAUAAAAAGAAGAUAAAACCAC